UCUGUGCUUUCCCUUCCUUUUCCCUCCCUUCCUCCUGCUCGUCCCUCGCUCCUCCUCCUUCCCUCGGGUCCGAUGGCGGCGAGUGACACGGAAAGGGCCCAGCAGCAGAUUGAUGAAAUUGAAGCUCUUUCAUCAAUCUAUGGUGAUGACUGGUGUGUUGUUGAUGAAGAUGAAAAAAUCUAUUGCAUUAAGAUUAGUGACUGUCUGGAUCAACCAAAAUGGACCCUCUGUUUGCAGGUGAUUUUGCCACCAGGAUAUCCAACCGCAGAGCCACCUAUUUAUCAACUAAAUGCCCCUUGGCUUCGAGGACAAGAUUAUACAGAACUAGCAAAUAGCUUGGAAGAAAUAUAUGUACAGAACCUUGGUGAAAGCAUACUGUAUUUAUGGGUGGAGAAGAUACGGGAAGUUCUGGUAGAAAAGGCCCAGUCUUCAGAUCCAGAACCAGAUAUUAAGAAAACCACUGAAGAAGUUGAAGAUGAUGGAGAUGAUUUUCUCCUAGACUAUCAGCCCAUUCAGGAAGAUCAAAUUAAAAUGUUAAAUUACAUGACAUCUGAAAGUCAGGAAGAUGAAGAACUGCCCCCCAUACAUCAUGGAAACCCAAUCACAGAUCGAAGGAGCACUUUCCAGGCACAUUUGGCACCAGUGGUGACAACCAGACAAGUUAAAAGAGUUCUUGAAAAACUAUAUGAGAACAAGAAAAUUGCAAGUGCUACCCACAACAUAUAUGCAUACAGAAUAUAUUGUGAAGAUAAGCAGACGUUCCUACAGGAUUGUGAAGAUGAUGGAGAGACAGCAGCAGGUGGACGUCUUCUCCAUCUUAUGCAGGUUAUUCUGAAUGUCCACAAUGUGUUGGUUGUGGUGUCCCGCUGGUAUGGGGGUAUUCUCUUGGGACCUGAUCGUUUCAAACAUAUCAACAAUUGUGCAAGAAAUGUACUUGUGGAGUACAACUAUGUGCCAUCAACGGAAGAAUCAUCUAGACAAGCUGGAAAGAGCAAAAAGAUAAGGAAGGACAACAAGAAGAGAACAGAACACUAAUUUAUUUUUUUAAAACUUUAAAAUAUUAUUUUGCACAUAUUUAUAAAAAAAACACCCUGGACCUUAUUGCCUUAUCUUAUAGAAUGGAUUUGUCGUGUUCAGAAGAGAAUUCAGUAAAGCCAUAGAUAUAUUUUCA